AUGUCGAUCCCACGGCUGGAACUACAGGUAGCAGUUCUUGGAACCAGGCUCAUGAACACGAUCAAGGAGGAGCACAGUGUGGUCAUCUCGGACCUAGUGCUAUGGAUGGACUCGAAGACGGUGCUGAGGUGGAUCGGCAGCACGCACCGCCGUUAUAAGCAGUUUUGUUGGCAACCGAGUGGCGGAGAUUCUGGAUUCGUCGAAGGUUUCUCAGUGGAGAUGGAAAUUCUCGAGCUUCAAUCGCCUGGUGAGGACCACAGCCUGGGUCUUACGGUUUGCGCGCCGGUGCCGAAACAGAAAGGCGAUCUCGAGGAAUACGGCCUUACUGCAGCAGAAUGUGAGGUCGUGGAGAACCUGUUGGUCAGACAGGCACAACUGGAGUCGUUCCCCGACGAGAUAAGAAUUGAUGCCGCACUGUGCAUGCCGUACAGUGCGAGGAGGCCCAUCAUACUGUCACACAGGCACAGUCUGACGGAUCUGAUUGUGCGACAUUUCCACGCCAGGAUGAUGCACCAAAACGUUGAUGUUACAAUUGCGGAGAUUCGGACGAGCUUCUGCGUCACGAGGAUGAGGCGUGUGAUGAGGAGUGUCAUCGCAUCGCGCAACAAGUGCAAGUUGCAGCGAGCUCGGCCGAUGCCGCCAAUAAUGGGACCCCAUCCAGUGGACAGAUUGGAUGCGGGUGGAUGGCCAUUCAAGCACACUGGACUAGACUACUUUGCGCCACGGUUGGUGACUGUGUCCCGUCACAAGGAGAAGCGUUGGGUAGCCUUGUUUACGUGCUUGACGACAAAGGCGAUUCAUCUGGAGUUGGCGCAUGAUCUGUCGACGGAUUCCUGCAUAAUUGCGAUCAGGAACUUCGUCUGCCGUAGAGGGCCAGUACAUAGACUGCGCAGCGAUAUCGGCAAGAACUUCGUGGGAGCUGACAGGGAAGCCAGACGCUUUGGUGACGUGUUCGAGAUGGAGAAGUUUCAGAUAAACCCGUCUGAGGGCGGAGUAUGGGAGCGCAUGGUGCAGUGCGUCAAACGUGUACUGCGUCAUACCCUGAAGGAAGUUGUGCCGAGGGAUCACGUAUUGGAGAGUUUCCUGAUUGAAGCGGAGAAUAUUGUCAACUCGCGUCCGCUUACCCACUUGCCUGUGGAUGCGGACCAGGAGGCGUCGUUGACGCCUAAUGACCUACUCAAGGGAGUCGCCAAUCUGCCGGAUACGCCUGGAUUGGAUGCGGAGCUGCCCAACGAGAAAUGGUGUCGCCGAACGGAGCCCAUCCACCAGGGUGAUCUGGUCUUCGUCUGCAAUCCUGCCUUGCCCCGACGAGAGUUGUGCAAGGGCAUCGUGGAGGAGGUCUACAGCGGAGCUGAUGGAGUCAUCAGACGCGCUAAGGUGAGCGUGAACGACAACGGCCAAUCGAGGACAAUGAUGCGACCCGUCUUCGCCUGGUACUGCCGCUGA